GAGACGGGGAGAUUUCCCCGGCUAUGAGCUGAGCUUGCUUGCUGGUCGGUUACUGCUGGCGGUUAUCCUGCAGCGAAUCGCCGGCGCUAUAAGAUGCUGCCAGUCCAUGGUUUCUUUCGGCCCUGGAUUCGCUGGAGCUCCUGUUGACUUUUGAGCUGUUUGGAUUUGAAGUCACCAUCUCCUCUUUACUUCUUUUCCCCCUUGAUCUACUAAUCUUCAUUCCUCGCUUCACUCCUUUCACAUUUUCAGUCUGCUACACUUUAUUUUCCUCUCUCUCUCUCUCUCUCUCCCUCGAUACUUUUUUUUCACUUCUCACUUCUUCUCCAAGCGUUACUCAUUAAUCCAACUGUCGCAUUUUAUCCCAUCAUGUUCUGGGGAAAGCAUCACGACGACACGCCCGAAGCGGCCCAACAACCACCCAUUCCUCGCAAGAAGCUCCCUUCGCAUUUACAAACCUUGGCCGACCACGACGACGGCUUCUACGAUGACAUCUAUUCCUCAUACUCCGUAGACUCCACCGAAACUCCCUACCGCUACGCCGGUUACGCCAACCGUCUCCGCACUGUUCUUCUCUCCGCCCACCGCUAUGUCGCCUACACCUCCGACAUAGGCGAAUCCUUUCGCCCCGUCGCCCACCCCUGGCUCGUGCGAUCCGCCUAUGCCAUCUCCUGGACCUAUCUAAUUGGCGAUGUCGCCCACGAAGGCUACAAAGCCUACCUCCGCAAUCGCCGCGUCCUGGCUCCUCCCUGUGAGGCCUACAAGGACGCCAGCGAUCUCACCCACGACAAAAUCGCCAAGGGCAUGGUGACCGGCAACAUCGCUGGCUCCCUAACAGGCGGCGAUACGCUGAUGCCAUGGCCCACGACUCACGUGCCUCUGGCUGAGGACUACCGCACGGUGAUGGCCCAGCGCGCCGUGUUCCAGGGUAUCGCCAGUAUGGGUCUGCCGGCCUUUACUAUCCACUCUGUGGUCAAGUACUCUGGGCGCAUGUUGAAGAACUCCCGGAGUGUCUUUUUCCGCACUUGGGCGCCUAUCGGGCUCGGUCUCUCCGUCGUGCCUUUCCUCCCGUACCUAUUCGACAAGCCCGUCGAAGAGGCUGUCGAAUGGGCCUUCCAUACCGGACUCCGUGCCUAUGCCGGUGAAGAUGCCGUGCGUCCGCUACCUCAGGCCGUGAGAACUCCUCACGAUGAGGACACCUCCCUCAGCCACUUCCUUAAGCUCCAGGCCGAGAAGAACAACGGCGAAGUCAUGGGCCACGACGCUAACCUCUCCUGGGAGCAGUACAAGGAGGACCGCCGUCGAGCUAAGGAGCAGCGGAUGCAGGAGCGUGAGCAGCGCGGCGAGGCCGGCCCGCUGGCGUUACUGGGUUUCGGGUCUAACUCGAAAGAAAAGAAAGAGUGAUCAUUUCAUUAUCUUUGACUGUGUUUUUCCUUGCCUGGGGUUUUCAUAUGUCAUUGGCGACGGAUGGAUGGAUGAAUGGAUCACAACUUACCUAGGUCAUUUUCUGGUUGCCUCUCCACUGCAUUUCUGUAUUGUACAUAAUAGUCUGUUAGCGUUGUUCUUCAUGUGUUCUUUUUUUUUCGACUCUCAUUUCAUCCAUUCAGCCAAGCAUCAUCAAUCAUCACUCACCACAUCAAAUCAAGGACCAGGUCAGACGCGUUAUUACUUGCUAUUCAAUGGUCCUCUGCAUCUGGAUAUGAACACAAAACAAUCUUGCGUAUCUACAUACCUACUUGCCUAUGGACAUCAAACCCCAAAGAAGAACUACAAAUUUCAUCUCUACAAAAGAAUCAACCACAAUUGAAUAUUUU